AUGACACAAGCUAUUUCAUUCGGAGUACUCGGCCUCAAGUUCUGGCGAUUCGAAGAUAUCCACACCGAGGCCUGCGUUCUGGUGGAAACUUUGUUGAUUUCCUGCCCGACCACCAGUGACAGAGGUUUUAACAAGCGAAAGUUCACAUCCACCUGUUUCGAUGCGACCACUUCACGCUGGCUCAGCCCUCCAACCCGAAGAAGCCAGUCACCGAGCCAAACGAUGGAACAACCGUUUCCGAUUCCUGCCGUGGUGGAGAGGCCACGCUCGUCAUUGCCGAAAGAGAAAGAGACCGACGAGCCGCGCCGCAGCGAAGACUCCACCGACAAGAAGAUUCCUUUGCAUGGGUCAGCCGAUGUUCAACCUGAGAGUGAUUUCGCCGAGGUCACUAUUCCCGAGUCGGUAACCACGCCGGCCGAUGAAGCAGCCAAGUGUGAAGAAGAGGUGACAGCCGUUGCCUUCGAGCGUCCAGCGUGUGAAAGUAAGCAUCCUUCGACGAGCCAGGAAGAUGUCCUUGUCGGCAACGAGCCAGCCAAGUUUGCCGGCAUUCCAUCCGAAGAUCCAGAGACACCGACGUCAAGCAAAGCGCUCUCUGGAACCGAUCCGGUGGCGAACCCGUCCCGAUCUCCAUUAACGAUUCCUACAGGAUUCCAUCCGGUGCUGAAGCCGUUCCGACCGCCACCAGGAUUCCAUCCCAAGCUAAUGCAGAUCCCGAAGCCAACCGGAUUGCCUCCGGUGUCCCAGAGUCCGACCGGAUCCCUUCCGGUACCACAGCCGCCCCAGUGCAAGGCCGGUUCCCUUCCGGCAAACCAGCAGCAACGAACUCCGACCGGUCUCCUUCCGGUACCCCAACAGCUGCAGUCCGUGACCGAAUCCAGUUCGGUAUCCCCGUCGCUCCAAUGUAAGGCCGGCUCCCUUCCGGCAUUCCAACCACAACAGAAUCCGACCGGUGUCCUUCCGGUAUCCCAGCCGUUCCAGUCUACGACCGGUUCCUAUCCGGUAUCCCAGAAGCUGCAGUUCGUGACCGAAUCCCGUUCGGUAACCCCGCAGUUCGAGUCUACAACCGGUUCCCAUCCGGUACUCCAACAGUUCCAGCGCGCGACCGGAUCCUAUUCGGCAGCCAAUCCGAUCCUAAGGUCUACCGGAGCCUGCCUGGUGGUCGAUUCCGCCCUGAUGCCCGUCGAUACCCGUUCGGCGGCCAAGACAACCAAGAGUUCUACCGGUGCCCGUUCGGUGGAUAACUCCGCCAUGAUGUUCGUCGGUUCCAGUCCGACGGUCAAACCGACCAAGAUGCCCAUCGGUGCCCGUCCGAUGGUCAAGUCCUUUCAGAUGUCUGCCGGUUCCCGUCCGGUGGAUAAACCACUCCUGAUGUCCGCUGGUGCCAGUCCAGUGGCCAAGCCGAUCCUGCGCCCAACGUCUAUCGGUACCAGCCCGGUAGUCAAGCCAACCGUCGAUACCCGUUCGGCGGCCAAGACGCCCAAGAUGUUUGCCGGUCCUCCUCCGGUAGCCACGCCUAUCCCGAUGUCCACUGGAACCAGUCCGGUGGGCAAUUGCGCUUCGAUGUCCGUCGGUUCCCGUCUGACGCUCAAACCGAAUCCGAUGUCCGCUGGAAGCAGUCCAGUAGACAGUUCCGCCCUCAAGCCUGCCGAUUCGUAUCCGGCAACCGAACCGAAGUUGAUGCCCAUCGGUGUCCGUCCGAUGGUCAAGUCCGUCCAGAUGUCCACCGGUUCCUGUCCGGUGUUCAAGCCACUUCCGAAACACACUGGUACCAGUCCAGUGCGAAAGCGAGUUCUGACGUCCGCCGGUGCCCGUCCGGUGACGAAGUGCAUCAUGAUAGCCAUCGGUAUCCGUCCGGUGGUCAAGCUGUCCUCGAAGUCCGUCGGUACCUGCCCGAUGGCCAAGAUGUUCCUAAAGCUCGUCGGCACCAGUCCGAUGAUCAAGCCGUUUCCGAAGUCCACUGGAACCGGUCUAGUGGUGAAGCCGACUGUGUUGUUCGCCGGAACUAGUCCGGUAGCCAAGCCCUUCGUAAUGCCAGCUGGUCUUCGUCCGGUGGCCAAGCCGUCUUCGAUGUUUGCUGGAAACCGUCCAGUGAAUAUGCCCUUCCCGAUGCCCGCCGGUACCCGUCCGGUGACCAACUCAAGCCUGACGUCAACCAGCACUCCUACAAAGAACCCACCGGUGCUCUUUCAUGUGAUACCAGCCGGCAUCCCGCGAAUUGCGAAGCCUAUUCCGAAGAUCGCGACGUGUCCAACCAAGAAGUUACCUCCAACGACAGCCGGAAUCCGUUCGACACUCAAGCGAAUCCAGAGCCUAGAAGAACGAGUCCCAAGCCCGAAGAUAGCCAGAACCCGUCCGGUAGUUAGAGAACCUCCCGAGAAGAAGAAUUGGAUCGUGGUGUUGUCGAUGAUGAACCAACCACCACUGGAUCCGCCGCCGGUGAGCCCGACUGGUGAAUGCAAGCAGCUCCGUUCCGACCCGUGA